AUGGGAUGCUUCCGUGGUGAUUUGGAGAGAGAUAUACGAUUCUAUUGUGGAGGAAUAAAAAGGAAUGAAGAUACCAGAAAAUAUCAUAAAUUUUUAACAGAUCGGGAUAGGCUGGUUGGUGAAGAGUUAUCGCGUCGUGGUAUACUAAAAAGCGGUUUAAGUACUGCAUGGCUCGAUGAUCUUACGGAAGAAUGGGAAAAAAUCCACACUCAUUUUGUACAAAUUUUUAACCAGGAGAGCCAAAGUUCCUCCACCAGUGUUCCUGUUAUUCCUUCAUCUGAUCUUCCGACGGUCGAGGGAGUGAGAGGAUUUAAUGCUGAAGAACUUAAUGGCUUUUUGAAAAGGAGGUUAAACGGCAUUGAUAAUCACAUAAAUACCUUAACAGAUCAAGAAGUUGAUGGUGAAGCCUUUCUUGACUUAACGCCCGAUAGCCUUAAAGCUUAUGAGAUACCUCUCGGAGCUACUUCAAAAAUCGUAAACCUGAUAAACAAGAUUCAAAAUGAUCAACCCGUUGCUG